CGAAAAAUAUUGUUUUGAAGUUCGGUUGCAUGGUGUGUGGCAAACGAACUGCAACCUGGUUGCACGUUCGUGCCUAGUUUUAGAUAUACUGUGGUUCAGGCCGCCGGUGAUUGAUGGAAAAACGAUUCAACCAUCCGGCCAGCCGGUGGCAAACCGGUUCGUGUGUGUGCGUUGAGGCGCCCGGCCGGCGGUCGCCGGACAGAUCAUCUAGUCAGUCAGCGUUUUGUUACAGGAUAAUAUAGAACAUAUGCUCUCUGGUUUUUGCACGUGUAGUUUGAAUUAAUUUCCUUCUAUAGAAAAAAAAUGUCACGCGAUAGAGAAAAUCAGUGCUUGGAGGAUUUUAUAAAUGUAUACAGAAGUGAAAGUUGCUUGUGGAAAGUGAAAUCAGCCGAAUACCAUGAUAGGGUGAUGAAAGAGCGUGCGUACAAACGAUUGGUUCAAGUGUGGAAAGAAGUGGAUGGAAGUUGUGACAAAAUAACUAUUUUGAAAAAAAUUAACAAUUUGAGAAGUAGCUAUCGAAAAGAGCUGAAAAAAGUGAGAGAAUCUCAGGAAACCGUUUCAUCUUUGGAUGAUGUAUACAAACCAAAGCUAUGGUACUAUCACCUACUUACCUUUUUGAACGACCAGGAAAGGAACCCUCAGAAAUCAAAUAAAAACAUAUAUUCGGACAAUAAAAGCAGUGAAAAUGAUGAGGAACUUGCAGAAACCCCGAGUAGACAUUUUAAGAGUGAAAGUUCAAAUGUUGCUGAAGCCUAUGACAUGCAUAUGGACGAAUCUUCCACUUUCUCUGAAGUUUCUGCUUUCAGUGCUGCGUAUGAAAAUCCCCAGAAACACCCCCGGAGAUCUCUUCCAAGUGAUACUAAUAAACGUACUGAAGAAGUUUUGAUGAACGUAAAGGAAUAUUUCAAGCCAGCAAAAACAACAGAUGACCGUUAUGACAUUUUUGGUAAAAUGGUCGCGAUGAAAUUGAGAGAUCUACGCAGCGACCAAAAGCGGUGGGCGGAGAAAUUCAUUUUUGAUAUUCUUUUUGAGGCUGAAGGUGGCAGUUUAGAUGGCAACUUUGCAUUUGUACGCCGAAUGCCAUCUACGUCACAAUACAAUUCAUUUCCAGAUACGCAAUAUCGCCCUUCACAUGAAUAUCUUGCAGAUAAUUAUGCUUCAACUCACUCUACGUCACGUUCCAGAUCUCCCUCUCCACGCUUAAACCCACCUCUUACCACAACCCCAACCCCGGGGUCUCUUUCUCAGCACAACUUCAAAACAGAGCCUUAGUAAAACAAUCUUUAUUUUUUUAGUGUAUAAUGUAUGAUGAUAUUUGAUGUUCUUUUUAUAUGAAUUUUUAAAUGUCUAAAGUGUAUAUUUUACAAAGACGCUCACUAAUGUUAAAAGUGAAAUAUCUAAUAAAAUUUCCUAAUUGUUA